CAGAAGAAGAAGAAAUCUGAAUACAUGCAGCUACAAGCUAAGGGAAGCAAUCUACAACACCAACUGGAAAGAGGAAUGGGACCGAAUCACUGACCUACCGUCAGAAAUAUCGGAAGUUCGGUUUUGUUGAGCAGCUCCGCCUGUAGAACUAAGCUCCGCCUCCAGAUGGCGCCACCCCGCAGAAAUACAACUUUAAACGCCACCAUCCUGCUGAGUCAGAGAAGCAGAGGAAGCAGGGAUGCUGGGACUUUACACAGACUCUGCUUGAAAAUCCUCAGAAACAUCAUUCUAAAUGAAAACAGGAGCUUUGUUAAGGCUUGGAGCAAAACUUCAUUAACAGCAAUGAUGUAUGAGAGUGGAAGAAUCUACAGUGAAAAUUAUCAGAGCUGCUAUAGCUGUUUCGAUGAUCAAUACCAGAGUUUAUAUAACUUCCCAAAGAAGUCCAAGCAGCAGAAAAUUGAAGAUGCCCUGCUCUGUCAGAGCCCUGUUGACAAAGUACUAUCGUCUCCCUCUGAACAUAAACCCUGCCUCUUGGCUCUGACAGCAGAUAGCUGGAUCUGUCGCAUCUCAGCCGAAACAGGAAAAGAACUGCAGAGGGUUUAUCUCUCUCCUAAAUAUAAGUUCAAAUAUCUUGCCUGGAAUGUUUUGCAAGAAACAUUUUACAUUAAAUCUAUUCAAAAGAAAGAAACAGCCACUGAAAGACGGGCAGGUACCUCACAGAACACAAUGAUGCACCUGGCUGUUUUUCAUGUUUUCCCCCUUCGAAUUGUAGGCAUUUUGGAGAUAAAUAAAAAGGGGUUUGGAAGUGGUGUUACUGAUGUGGUUCUCUUCGAUGACGUCCUUGCUGUGUCUUACAGUAACAAUUCAGUGAGACUAUACAGCUUUGAACACAUUGUCCAGAGAUACCUAAUCGAAGAGUUAACACUGGGACAACAGAGUUCACUGCUGGAAAACGGAACCGUUGGAGAGGCUCCGUUUGGUAUUCCAGUUAACAUCCAGGUCACAGAUCCGCCACCAAUUCUUUUUCAGGCAGUCUCUCCCAACGGCAUCCAGAUUGGCGGCUACCCCUGGCACUACAUUUACAGCCCACCACAGAAAAAACUCAGAGGGACUCACUACAUCCGUUCACUUAAAGACAGCAUUUUGGCAACAAAUGGAGUCCAGCAGUUGGACUACAGCUCUCUUGAAAAUCAUCGAAUCUUCUUCCAUCCGACCAAUUCAGGACGAAUCAUCCGCUUUGGACCAACCAAUAUAAGUGUGCUGAAAAUCAUGAGUGAACUGAACAGUCCUCUGCCGUCAGAAAUAGUGACGGAUUUCUCUCUGACAACACAGCGACGCAACCCGUCCCCUUGUGUCACCGUCACAUCAUCGGGCCGAGCAGUAAAGGCGAGGUUUCCUCAGCUGGAGGAUGACCCAAUGCAGGAGACCUUUCAGUUGCUGGAAUACGAGGAUGAGCUCGACUUUCUGGCCAUAGCAGUAACUAACUGGGAGGAUGACGAAACCAUAGCUCACAUUCAGCUGCAUGACAACCAAACAGGGAGUUUACAGAAGAAGAUUGAUCUGAUUGAGCCUUGGGAUGAGACCUUUCCACAUCAGCUGGUGUUUGACAGAGACACAAUUAUUCACAUUGAGCAAAGGUGCUACUACUUCUGCUGCCAUGUUUACAAACUAAUGACCAUCAGCAAAUGACUCAAAUGACUGAAAGCUGCUAAAAACUAACAGCUUAUAAUUAUUGGGAUAUAUAUAUUUUUUCAGUUGUAGUA